CGCGAAGAAAACUCUGCACCGCCCCUGGGAUCAGUUAACCUCUUUUUAAAAUGUCAAAAGUAAAGUAAAAAAUUAAAAUUUUCUUCUAGAAUAAAUAAUUUAAUAACAAGAAAUGGAUUAUUUGGUGGAAAUAAUAGCGUUAACAAUCGACUCCGUUUGUCUGGUGGGAUAUUACGUAAAUUACUUAAAAACUAAAAAUAGCAUAACCCUAAUUGAGAAUUCUCCAGUCUUGGAGAUCAACAAAAACCUGCCAAAAAUUGUUAACAAACAACCGGGUCAAAUUAUUCCCUAUGUAGCAAUCAGAGGAACUGUUCAGCCAAUCGGCGAUCCCAUAAUAAGCAAUAAUAAUUUGAAAGUAGCCGGCGUUUUACAAUUGUUAACAAUUAAAGAGCAUAUAAUUCAACGGGGAGCCACAGGGUAUUGGUCCGAACACGAGAAAGUUAUACAGACAGUACAAAAUGUGAUGCCAUUCGUGAUUGAAUCACAUGGUUACAAUGUCGAGGUGGUCGAUGCGUUGUCGGCGGAUAUUUUAGAUCUUGACGUAAUAUCCAACGUAUUCACACCAACUGUGCCUAAAUUGGUAGAUCACAUUUGGGGUUUUUUUACUGGCUUUAGGCAGAGAGGAGUACAAACUACAGAGGAAAUGCUGCGCAAGGGAACCGUCAUUACUGGUAUCGGGGAGUUAAUUAUCUCCGAAGAUAAAGGUGGGGUUCGAUUACAACCGCCACGAGACGGGUCGCCCUUUUAUCUUACAAAUAUGAGUAUUACGAGUUUAUUAAAAAAAUUAGAUGAGCAGCAACGUACCUAUCGGUUGUUUUGUAUUUUGUUCGGAACGAUAGGCAUUGUGGUAGGUGGUUUGAUAAUACGACGGUAUUUGAGGAACAGGAGUCAAUGGAUGGAGAGCGAACGUAAGAAGAAGGAAAGGGAAAGUAUUAGAAAGGAGAGGAGAAGACGAGUAAGAGGAGAUGAGUUGUCAGAUUCGCAGCUGUGUGUUGUAUGUAAAGUCAAUCCUAAGGAAGUGAUACUGUUACCCUGCGGUCACGUUUGUUUAUGUGAAGACUGUUCAGAGGAAAUUACUGAUCUAUGUCCAAUAUGUCGAGAAGUGAUUGAUAAACAAACUGCAGCCUACUUAUCAUAACAAUCAAUGUUUCUUUAUGCGAAUUGGAAGACAAUAAAACUGUUGUCAAUCCGUUUUAUUAAAGGUUUAUUACUGUG